AGCUUUUUAUGAAGAAAUCUCCCAUGAUUCAGUUAAAAAGACUGUAGAAUUCUGCAUUGAUUUGAAAGAUUGGGCAGAGGCUUCUAGUUGGAUUGAUGAAUUCUGUUUGAUGAACUACUUCAGCUUUGUAGUUGAAUCCACCAAGAAACCAACAAAAUUUACACUGUACAAAAAAUAUUUCAGGUUUGUUUAUGACAAAAUUUGCACGGUAAAAAAAAGUAAUUCAGUUUUUGUUUAUAACCAAAUUUACACUGUACAAAAAGUAUUUCAGUUUUUGAUUAUAAAAAAAAAUUACACUAUGCAAAGACUUUUCAGUUUUUGUUUAUAACAAAAUUUACACUAUACAAAAAAAAUUAACAGAAAAUCAACUGACACAAUACAGAAAUGUAACACUGCCAAUGUCUCUUUUAAGUCAGCUUCUAUAUGUACCCCAAAGAGGAGUGUUCUUUUUUAAUAUUAGCAUCUGCAUUACUUACAAUGCUGCUGAAUAAAACCUAAAUUGUAUCUAUAAAUGCAGUUAUAAAUAGGUAUUUAAUAUAAAUAUUCAGUCAUUUAUCAAGUAUGAAAAAUUCAUUUUUCAAAUGUUACAAAUUCAUUUUUAAAAUGCUAAAAAGUCAUUUACCGGGUAUCAAAUGUUAAAAAGAAAUAAACAAAGUUACCCGAGCCAGACUUGCGGUAGUGUAAAAUAAAGUACUUAAGUUGAACACCUUUAACCUUCGUCUUCACUUGCAGGUGUGCCCACAAUCCUCGAAAUAAAGGCAAGACAUUGAACAGUGGCUGCUCUGCAAAUAUGAUUGUCACUGGCAGACUAGCCAACAAGAAGUGAGUUGAGUAGCUUUUAUUGUGGUAUAUGAGAACAUUAAAAGUUAAUGGGUGUGUACAACAGUCUGCUGCCAGACAAGUAAUAAUCUGUUCGGUGCUUGUCUGUUCUAGAAAAAAAAUGUCAAUAUAUUUGAAUAUUGUUGAUAUUAUUUUGACAUUUUAAAAAAAUGGUUUGGUGGAAUAGUCAAAGUAUAACAACCGGUUUUAAGUAAGACAAAGCAGAUUUAAAUGUUUGACAAAAAAGUGUGUUCUUCUGUGAACAUUCUAUUUACAAAAUACCUUAAUCUAUGAAGGAUGGCAAUAACCUGUUAGACAGGAGGAAAAAUAUCUGAACAUGCAGAUAACCCCAGCAAAGCUUGUGUCAUAUACUCUAGCAUACUUAAUCUUAAUUGUUCUUAUAUUGAAACAACUUUGAAUAUUUAAUUUAUAUGAUUUUGAAGAUGAGACUGUUUAACACGCUUAAGCUUAAAAAAAUAAAAUGUGGUAGUUAUGAAUACAUCAUACUGGAAAGUAAUUUUUUUCAUUUGCAUUACCAUACACAGAGUUAAAGAUCUUUUUAAACAUUUUAUUGUACAAUAUGGAAUACAUCUGUUGAAUUCCAUUUCAUUUCCCUCUCAGGUUAAAAACCAGGUAUCCUUGCGUAGUUGAGCUUUUUUAUAAACACAAUCACCAACUGCGAAGUACAGAAGCUCUUCAAAAUCGUCCCGUUUGCAUUGAGACACAAGAAAGCCUGACAAGGCUGCUCCAAAACCAUGGGGCCAAGGAAGCAUUAGAGAAACUAAAGAUUGGGUAUGGUAAAAGACUGGAUGAGAUCUGUCAUGACACAGCAUACUGUCCCAAUCUUCAAUACGUUUAUACGUAGGUACACCUUGGAUUGUUUUGACUGAAAUUCAUUGCAAAGAAAUCUAUUGCUACUUGUGAUUUCUCUUCAAAAUUUGAACCAAAGGCUUCUAGGACAUAUUUUGAUUCUGGAUCAGGUGUAAAAAUUAAUAGGAUAUUACUUGGUGACUUAUAGAGCAUAUCUGUGAUAAAUUGUUACUCAUGUGUUUAAAAACUGAGUUUAGGUUGGACAAUAAUUUUAUACGUUAACUUUCAAUAAUGGAAUAACGGGAAUCUAAAAAUAGAUAUUAUAGGGGAAAAUUUUGCUCUGCAAGGCAUUGACUCAUUGACAGACCUGUUUACUCUUACGAUUUGGCGUACAAAGUAUGAUUUUUUGAUGAUAUUGUACGAUUUUAACAGUUUGAGGGUAAAUAGGUCUUCAUUGACUAGAUCUAAUUGAUGUGUUUCAGGGAAAUAUUAUUCUAUCAAGAAAAUUGCUUUAAACAUUUUAAAUAAAUGGAAUUCACUACUACAGGCCCUCUGUAAUUAUUUCUCAUUGUCACUAUAUUUUUUGCAUUCAUUUAUGUUAAAUUUUUCAUGUUCCCAUAGACUACAGAGGCAGCUAAAAAAUUCAGAAGCUAACAAAACUAGGAUACGUCGUUGGAUUCAACAUGAAUUCAAAAAACCUGCUGCAGUCAUUGAAGAAGGAGAUGACAACUCUGUCGAAACUGCGGAUGAAUAUUCCGAACAUGAUAGAUUCAACUACGAGGACCCUGGAAGAGAUGGGCUCUUUGACAGUAAUGCAGAUCUGGCAUUUAACAGGGGAAUAAUCAAUGUUAAACAAAAGAUAGUUAAUUACUGUGACGGCCUGGUACGAAAACUGAAGACGAUGCCACAUGCUGGCAGUUACAUUGAAGCAAUGUUAGAGUUGCUCCCAAACCCAAGCCUGACAGAUUCUCAGUUUGAAUCGCAAUUGGAAACUCUGUUAAGUUCUUUUCCAAGGUAG